ACAUAAGAAAAUAUGUCAUAAGAUCUUAAGAACUAAAGAAAUGUGUAUUGUAUUUUCAUAUGCGACUCUCAUUGAAGGGAAUGCCUGAGGUGCUGUUAAGUAAUGAAUCUAGUUUGAAAGAAUUGUCAGGAACAGCAAAUUUACUGAACACAAGUGGCUCAGAACAAGUCCAGAAACCAGUGUCGCCUCUCAGAGAAGCAAGUACCUCUAGACAGCACUCUAGACGAAAAUUAGAACUCAGGACAAAGGAGGUUGAAGUGAAGAUGUACAGCCUGCGAGAAAGGAAGGGCCAUGCAUACAAAGAAGUCAGCGAGCCCCAGGAUGAUGACUACCUCUAUUGUGAUAAGUGCCAGAACUUCUUCAUCGACAGCUGUCCUGCUCAUGGGCCCCCUACAUUCGUAAAGGACAGUGUGGUCAACAAGGACCAUUCCAAUCACUCGACCCUCAGUCUGCCCCUCGGGCUGAGAAUUGGACCAUCAAGCAUCCCAGAGGCUGGGCUAGGUGUGUGGAAUGAGGCAACUGAUCUGCCACUGGGUCUGCACUUUGGCCCCUACAGGGGCCAGAUCACAGAGGAUGAAGAGGCAGCCAAUAGCGGGUACUCCUGGCUGAUCACCAAGGGGAGGAACUGCUAUGAGUACGUGGAUGGAAAGGAUGAAUCUCAGGCCAACUGGAUGAGGUAUGUGAACUGUGCCCGGGAUGAUGAGGAGCAGAACCUGGUAGCCUUUCAGUACCACAGACAGAUCUUCUACCGAACCUGCCGGGUCAUCAGGCCAGGCUGUGAGCUGCUGGUGUGGUACGGGGACGAGUACGGCCAGGAGCUGGGCAUCAAGUGGGGCAGCAAGUGGAAGAAAGAGCUGUCAGCAGGGAGAGGUGGCCACUAUGAUUCCUUAAACAAAGGAAAGAAAUCAUUCUCCCUGAGAAUUUUCAUGUUUUAG